GGCCUCUAAGCCCCAGGGAAACGGGGGAUGGGGGGGAGGACACCCGUGGCUCUCAGAGUUUGGCUGCUCUGUCAGGAGACUAGCGGAGACCAGCAUCGGGUCUGGCGACCCAGCCUCCCUGGAGUAGACUAGAGGUGGCAGUUCCUGGGUCCCCUUCCUGGGGAAGUGAAAGAACUCAGGAGCCGGGCUCAGCGAUGGAGUGUGUAUCUGGAAUGUGGGGCGUGAAGGCUGGUCUUCGGCAGGUUUUUAGAGGAGUGGGAAUUCACAAGGGGCUUCUCUUCCGGCUCAGACUGCAGAGCUGCUCCUGGAAGCUCAGUGGUGACCAUGGCCUUGCUGGGGAAGCACUGUGACAUCCCCACCAACGGCUGUGGGUCUGAGCGCUGGAACUCCACCUUCGCCCGCAAGGACGAACUCAUCAACAGUCUGGUGUCCGCCUUAGACUCCAUGUGCUCGGCGCUCUCCAAGCUGAACACGGAGGUGGCCUGCGUGGCGGUACACAAUGAGAGCGUCUUCGUGAUGGGCACCGAGAAGGGAAGGGUGUUUCUGAACACUCGGAAGGAGCUACAGUCAGACUUCCUCAGGUUCUGCCGGGGACCCCUGUGGAACGAUCCAGAAGCAGGACACCCUAAAAAGGUGCAGCGCUGUGAAGGCGGUGGCCGGAGCCUCCCGCGGUCCUCUCUGGAGCAGUGCUCGGAUGUGUACCUGCUGCAGAAGAUGGUAGAGGAAGUGUUUGAUGUUCUUUAUAGUGAGGCUAUGGGCAGGGCCACCGUGGUACCUUUGCCCUAUGAGAGGCUGCUCAGGGAGCCGGGGCUACUGGCGGUGCAGGGGCUGCCCGAGGGCCUGGCCUUCCGGAGGCCAGCAGAGUAUGACCCCAAGGCACUCAUGGCCAUAUUGGAGCACAGUCACCGAAUUCGGUUUAAGCUCAGGAGGCCUCCUGAUGACGGUGGGCAGGACACGAAGGCGCUGGUGGAGAUGAACGGUAUCUCUCUGCUACCCAAGGGGUCCCGAGACUGUGGUCUGCAUGGCCAGGCCUCCAAGGUCGCUCCCCAAGACCUGACCCCCACCGCCACCCCAUCCUCUAUGGCCAACUUCCUGUACAGCACUUCGAUGCCCAACCACACGAUCCGGGAACUCAAGCAGGAGGUGCCAACCUGCCCGUUGACCCCCAGCGACCUGGGCAUGGGCUGGCCCGUGCCUGAGCCCCAUGUCCCCAGCACCCAAGAUUUCUCUGAUUGCUGUGGACAGACGCCUGCAGGGCCUGCUGGGCCUCUCAUCCAGAAUGUCCAUGCUUCCAAGCGCAUCCUCUUCUCCAUCGUCCAUGACAAGUCAGAGAAGUGGGAUCCCUUCAUCAAGGAAAUGGAGGACAUCAAUACCCUGCGGGAGUGCGUGCAGAUUCUGUUUAACAGCAGAUACGCGGAAGCCCUGGGCCUGGACCACAUGGUCCCUGUGCCCUAUAGGAAGAUUGCCUGUGACCCCGAGGCUGUGGAAAUUGUGGGUAUUCCAGACAAGAUCCCCUUCAAGCGACCCUGUACUUACGGAGUGCCGAAGCUGAAGAGGAUUCUGGAGGAGCGACACAGCAUUCACUUCAUUAUCAAGAGAAUGUUCGAUGAGCGCAUUUUCACAGGGAACAAGUUUACCAAAGACCCCAUGAAGCUGGAGCCAGCUAGCCCACCAGAAGACACUUCCACAGAAGUCUGUAGGGACAGCAUGCUGGACCUGGCUGGGACUGCUUGGUCAGACAUGAGCAGCGUCUCUGAAGACUGUGGGCCAGGAACCUCAGGAGAGAUAGCAAUGUUGAGGCCUAUCAAAAUCGAGCCAGAGGAGCUGGACAUUAUUCAGGUUACGGUCUCAGAUCCUUCACCUACCUCUGAGGAGAUGACUGACUCGUUACCUGGGCAUCUGCCCUCAGAGGAUUCCGGUUAUGGGAUGGAAAUGCCGGCUGACAAAGGCCCCAGUGAAGAACCGUGGUCAGAAGAGAGGCCGGCCGAAGAGAGCCCUGGUGACGUGAUCCGGCCCCUACGGAAGCAGGUGGAGAUGCUGUUCAACACGAAAUAUGCCAAAGCUAUUGGUACCUCAGAGCCGGUCAAGGUGCCCUACUCCAAGUUCCUGAUGCACCCGGAGGAGCUGUUCGUACUGGGACUGCCUGAAGGCAUCUCUCUUCGGAGACCCAACUGCUUUGGGAUUGCAAAGCUGCGGAAGAUUCUGGAAGCGAGCAACAGCAUCCAGUUUGUCAUCAAGAGACCCGAACUGCUCACUGACGGUGUCAAAGAACCUGUUCUGGACACUCAAGGCAUUUCCCCACUGCCCCUGUCGGGUUUGCCCCCUCGAUGCCACCUGGGACCCCAGGUGCUCCCUCCUCACCUGCCUUCUCUCCCCACCCCACCCCCAGAGAGGGACUCCUGGGACCGUCUUGUGGACGAGACCCCGAAGAGACAGGGCCUUCAAGAAAAUUACAACACCAGACUCUCGCGGAUCGACAUCGCCAACACGCUUAGGGAACAAGUCCAAGACCUGUUUAACAAGAAAUACGGUGAAGCUCUGGGCAUCAAAUACCCAGUGCAGGUGCCCUACAAGAGAAUCAAAAGCAACCCAGGCUCGGUAAUCAUUGAAGGCCUACCCCCCGGGAUCCCAUUCCGCAAACCCUGCACCUUUGGCUCCCAGAACCUGGAAAGGAUUCUCUCUGUGGCUGACAAGAUCAAGUUCACGGUCACCAGGCCAUUCCAAGGACUUAUCCCAAAGCCUGAAACCAAAAUUCUCACUACAGGACAUGAAGCUGGGAAAACCACCAGACCAAGGAGACUGCAACAGGACACCUGGCAGCCAGAUGAGGAUGAUGCCAACAGACUGGGGGAGAAGGUGAUCCUCCGAGAGCAGGUGAAGGAGCUCUUCAAUGAGAAAUACGGUGAGGCCCUGGGACUGAAUCGGCCUGUGCUGGUCCCUUACAAACUGAUCCGGGACAGCCCAGAUGCCGUGGAGGUGAAGGGCCUCCCAGAUGACAUCCCCUUCCGGAACCCCAACACCUAUGACAUCCAUCGGCUGGAGAAGAUCCUGAAGGCCAGGGAGCAUGUGCGGAUGGUCAUCAUCAACCAGCUCCAACCCUUUGCGGAAGUCUGCAAUGACCCCAAGGUGCCAGAGGAGGAUGACUCUAACAAGCUCGGGAAGAAGGUGAUCCUCCGAGAGCAGGUGAAGGAGCUCUUCAAUGAGAAAUACGGUGAGGCCCUGGGACUGAAUCGGCCUGUGCUGGUCCCUUACAAACUGAUCCGGGACAGCCCAGAUGCCGUGGAGGUGAAGGGCCUCCCAGAUGACAUCCCCUUCCGGAACCCCAACACCUAUGACAUCCAUCGGCUGGAGAAGAUCCUGAAGGCCAGGGAGCAUGUGCGGAUGGUCAUCAUCAACCAGCUCCAACCUUUUGGGGACGUCUGCAACAAUGCCAAGGUGCCAGCCAAAGACAACAUUCCCAAGCGCAAGAGAAAGAGGGUCUCUGAAGGCAACUCAGUCUCCUCUUCUUCCUCCUCUUCAUCUUCGUCCUCUAACCCAGAGUCUGUGGCAUCCACCAACCAGAUCUCCCUCGUGGUAAAGUCACGCGGAUCCGAACUUCACCCUAAUUCUGUGUGGCCUUUGCCCCUUCCUCGGGCAGGGCCAUCCACAGCUCCAGGAACUGGGAGGCACUGGGCUCUGAGAGGGACUCAGCCAACCACAGAGGGGCAGGCACAUCCACUCGUUUUGCCCACAAGAUAGACGGAGGGUCCGCGCAAUCAGCGCAGUGCUUGAAGUGUGGCUAUCACCUGCGAUGUGUAUAAAUGACGUCAGCAGGAGCCAGAGGGGGAAGGUCACGUGACAGAACUCAACCUCCAUCUUUUGGCUACAUUGCUUUGUUUAGCCCUUUCCUGAUUCAGAAGAACUCAUGUAAAAAAAAAAAAAAACAAAACAAACACAAACACAAAACCCACCCAGGGUAUGGUGUCUUACGUCCACAGUCCCAGUAGUAGAAGGGGGAAGAUCGGCGUUCAAGGCCCUCUGAGGCUAUAUGGAGACUGUCUCAAAGAAAACUGGCUAAACUGGGGGCAGAGGGUGUGGCUUAGUCAGCAGGGUACAUGCUUUGCAUGCAUGAAGCCCUGGGUUCUAUUUGCAGCUCCAUAUAAACUGGACCUGGUGGUACACGCCUGGGAUCCUAACACUGGAGAGGUAGAGUCAGGAGAAUCAAAAAGUUCAAGGUUAGCCUCAGCUACGUAGAAAGUUUGAGGCUAGCCUGGGCUACAUGAGACUGCUUCGAGAAAAAGGAAUGAAGGAAAGAAAAGCUGUUUUGUUGUUGGUUUUUGGGGUGUUUUUUUUUUAUCAUUUUUUUCUAUCAUUGACUCCCUCCCUUCACCCCAGGAGGUGAGAUAGUGUCUGUGGGGUGAGACUGUGUGAACCAUGGUUUCCGCUCAUGCUGACGCAGCCCUCAAUGGUGUCUAAUCCAUGUAUUGAACACAGGUGGGGACAAUCACUAUGCUCCACCUGUGUGACCUCGGGCAGGUCUCUUUCCCUCUCUGGGCCUCAGUGGCUGCAUAAUAAGUACCAUUUGAAUUCAUCCUCAAAGAAAGCGUGCUAAUUAUUCUGGGAGUUCCUCCAUGUCACCUGGAGUCCUAACGUGGUCCCUCUGUCCCCUCCCCCCCUCUCUCUAGCAGUGGCCAGUGUACAUGGUGGACUAUUCCGGACUAAACGUGCAGCUUCCGGGCCCCCUUGAUUAUUAGACCUCAGAGCCGAAUCAGGACCUCAACUCAAAAGACUAAAGGAAAAUGUAAUUUAUGUACAAAGUAUAUUCGGAUAUGUAUCAAUGCCUUUUAGUUUUUCCAAUGAUUUUUACACUAUAUUCCUGCCGCCAAGGCCUUUUUAAAUAAGUAAAGAAAAUGAAAAAGAA